GGUCCAGCAUCUGUCGAGCAGAAUCCGCGGGGCGCGCACUAUGGAUCCGUUACGCACGGUGAUGUCCGUGUUGUCAGCUUUCUGACACGCGCUUCUGGCUGCUUCUACAACAACUCUUUAACAAUAUUUAUGUAAAAAAAAAAUAAAUAAAAAAAAUCUUUUUUUUUUUCCUACCCAAGAGCGCACGCACUUUUCUGGAUUUAAACACACCAUUUAAUCCUUAUUUUGUUUUUUAUUUCUGGGUGUUUAUAUGUGGAUUUUCACUCGGGACGAUGGGAGACUCCGUGUUUCUGGACAGGCAGAACACAUAUCUUAUGGACAAAAGAGGAAAAAGUCUCUGAGAAGGAAGCUGGACUCCCUCGGAAAAGAAAAGAGCAAGGACAAAGAAUGCAUACCCCAGGCCUUUAGCAUAGCCCUCUCCCAGGUCAUUGCUAACGACCGGACGCACAGGCAGCGUCAGGAUGGUUACCGUCUGGACCCGCCGCCCCGGGAAGAGCACAAAGACUCCUCCGACCUCGUCUCGUCGAUUUUACAAUUUGCCACCAAGCGGCCAUCGAACAAGGAGUUAUCCAGCAGUAACUCCUCGCUGAGUUCCACGUCGGAGACGGCCAACGAGUCCACGUCACCCAACACGCCUGAAUCUGCACCGCAAGCCCGCAGGAGGGGAGCCAUGUCUGUGGACUCCAUCACAGACCUGGACGACAACCAGUCGCGUCUCCUCGAGGCGCUGCAGCUCUCCCUGCCGACGGAGGCGCCAAGCAAAAAGGAAAAGCACCGGGACAAAAGGCUGAGCCUCAAUCCAAUCUAUCGCCAGGUGCCGCGGGUGGUCGACAGCUGCUGUCAGCACAUCGAGAAAUACGGCUUGCAGACCGUAGGGAUCUUUAGAGUGGGUAGCUCCAAGAAGAGAGUUCGACAACUGCGGGAGGAGUUUGAUCGUGGCGUUGAUGUCCAGCUGGACGAGGAUCACAGCGUUCACGAUGUAGCAGCUCUACUAAAGGAGUUCCUCAGGGACAUGCCCGACCCUCUUCUAACCAAGGAGCUCUACACAGCUUUCAUUAACACCACAUUGUUGGACCCGGACGAACAGCAGAUCACCACUCAGCUCCUGAUCUACCUGCUCCCAGCAUGCAACAGUGACACAUUUCACCGUCUGCUAGAGUUUCUGUACACCGUGGCUCAUCACGCCCACGACCAGCAAACCAAAGACGGUCAGGAGAUUCCAGGGAACAAGAUGACAUCUUUGAACCUAGCCACCAUCUUUGGCCCAAAUCUUCUCCACAAACAGAAGAACUCCGACAAGGAGUUCAGUGUCCAGAGUUCGGCCAGGGCCGAGGAGAGCACGGCGGUCAUCGCCGUGUUGCAGAGGAUGAUCGCGAGCUACGGAACUCUAUUCAUGGUGUCCCCUGAUUUGCAAAAUGAAGUUCUGAUGAGCCUUUUGGAGACCGAUCCUGAUGUGGUCGAUUAUCUCCUCAGGAGAAAAGCCUCACAGAGUCCUGACAUUUUGCAGUCAGAGGAGGCCUUCAACCUGAGCGAGCGGCAUUCGUCAAGUGACUCCAACAAGGCAUCCAGCGGUGAGGUGUCUCCUUAUGACAACAACUCUCCGGUGUUAAGCGAUCGCAGAGGGGAACCGGGGAGCCUGGCCAGCGACCCACAACAGUACUCUGUUGUGGGGCAGGUGGCUGGACUCGACAGUUGGGGGUCCAAAGAGGAGCCUGUUAACAUUUGGGGCACGUGGCACAGUACUCUUAAACCAGCUCUCAACGAUCAGUCGUACACAGGUUCCCAUGGCAACGUGUCUGAGGAAAGCUCGCGCGGCUCACAGGACGGUCUCGACGGGCUCCCCGGGGACUACAAGCAGCACACGGUGGUACAACGGACUCAAACGGCGCCUGGCAUCCCCAAGUGCAGACCCCACCCACCAGUCACUCGAGUGUGUACGGGUCCUAACGUGGAGACGAGGCGACCCCGCCUUCAAAUAAACACUAACCCCUCGGUGACGGCCCACCUCAACAGCGUGCAGGGCUCCCAGCGAGUGGGCAGACAAGGCAACAAAGAUGGCCGCUCUCCUCCUCCGUACAACGCACAACACAGACUGGCAGGUUCGCAAGGGUCCCCUCAGCUCGUGGUGUCUCAAGCCAGAUCGAGCAUGCAGAGUGACUCAGCCUCAACUAAGGAGACGCGAAUGGCGCCACAGACUCCAGAGUGGCGCGACUGGCAGCGGGACCGGUAUCAGAUCUGGCAGCUCUUAUCCUCGGACAACGCCGACACGCUGCCGGAAACACUGGUGUGA